AGAAGAUGUCAGCUCGGUCAUGUGAUCAGCUGUGUCCAAUCACAGCUGAUCACAUGUCACUGAUGACCAGUGUGCCCUGAUGAUCAGUGUUGCCCCAGGAGUGCCACCUGCCAUGUGUCCAUCAGUGCCUCAUCAAUGCCACAUAUCAGUGCCUACCAGUGCACAUCAAUGCCACAUAUCAGUGCCUACCAGUGAACAUCAAUGCCACAUAUCAGUGCCCAUCUGAGCUGCCUUUCAGUGUCACCUAUCAGUGCCAGUCAGUGCCACCUAUCAAUGCCAGUCAGUGCCACCUAUCAGUGCUGCCAAUCAGUGCCAGUCAGUGCUGCCUAUCAGUGCCAGUCAGUGCUGCCUAACAGUGCUAGUCAGUACCACCUAACAGUGCCAGUCAGUGCCACCAAACAGUGCCAGUCAGUGCCACCUAUCAGUGCCGCCUAUCAGUGCCAUAUAUGAGUG